UUUUAACAAUCAACAGUGUUCCUCAAAUGAGAAAUUUACUAAUUAUGUUGGCACUGGAAACAAACUCCAUGCGAAUGAAAUUGCCAAAAGUAAUAAGCUUCAAAUUCAUCUUCAUUCUUUAUUUUCUCUCCCUUCAAUUCAUCACUAUCAAAACUACCCAAGACCCAUCAUCUGCAAUUAUCUCCAGAUUCCAAGAAUACCUUCGAAUUAACACUGCUCAACCAAACCCCAAUUACUAUGAAGCUGCUGAUUUCAUCCUUUCUCAAGCUAAUACUUUAUCCCUUGAAUCUCAGACUAUUGAAUUUGUCAAGAAUAAACCCUUAAUUUUGCUCAAAUGGCCUGGCAAAAACCCCAAUUUACCCUCAGUUCUUCUCAAUUCUCACACCGACGUCGUUCCGGUGGAAUUUCAGAAGUGGGUUCAUGACCCUUUUGGUGCUCACAUUGAUUCUGAUGGAGAUAUUUAUGCCAGAGGUACUCAGGAUAUGAAAAGUGUGGGAAUGCAGUACUUAGAAGCUAUUAGGAAGCUGAAGGAUUCUGGUUUUGAGCCAAUUCGUACUAUUUAUCUAUCAUAUGUGCCGGAUGAAGAGAUUGGGGGACGCGAUGGGGCUGAGAAGCUGGCGGAGUCUGAUUUGUUUGAGGAAAUGAAUGUGGCCUUUGUGCUAGAUGAGGGCUUACCUUCACCAGAUGAGAAGUAUUUGGCAUAUAAUGGGGAGAGGUCGCCAAUGUGGCUGGUUAUCAAGGCCACUGGGGCACCUGGGCAUGGGGCAAAGCUGUAUGACAAUACUGCAAUGGAGAACUUGAUGAAGAGUGUUGAGAGUAUCAGGGGUUUUCGUGCGUCACAGUUUGAUAUGCUUAAAGCUGGCUUGAAAACUGAUGGAGAGGUGAUUUCGGUAAACUUGGUAUAUUUGAGAGCUGGCACACAAACACCUAAUGGAUUUGUCAUGAAUUUACAACCUUCUGAAGCUGAAGCUGGUAUUGACAUUCGGGUUCCACCUACAGCUGAUCAGAAAUCACUUGAAAGGCGUAUUGCUGAGGAGUGGGCUCCUGCUUCACGCAACAUGACAUUUGAGUUCAAGCAGAAGGUUCCUGUGGUUGACAAAUUUGGCAAGCCUGCUCUCACAGCUGCUGAUGAUUCAAAUCCCUGGUGGGUUCUUUUAGAAAAAGCUGUCCGCGAUUCUGGUGUUAUAGUUCGAAAGCCAGAGGUAAGCUUUGGAACAACGGAUGCUCGUUACUUUAGGCAGCAAGGUGUACCAGCUAUUGGAUUCUCUCCUAUUGCAAAUACUCCUCUCCUUCUACAUGACCACAAUGAGCACCUAAAUCAACGGGAAUAUCUUAAAGGAGUUGACACAUAUGCGUCUAUAAUCAAAGCUUAUGCUUCUUUUGCUGAGGAGACAGAAGCUAACGCUUCCAAAGCUGAGUUGUAAACGCUUCCAAAGCUGAGUUGUAAAAGAAUGUGACAGAAGAUCUCAAAGGAGUAGAUAAAAAAGCUUCUAUGUUCUAUCAUCACGGCUUAUGUAUUGUAUGCUGAGAUUGCUGACCGAUUUAUGGGAAUAAGCCGAGACUUUCUAGGAUGAAUUGUUGUAAGUGAUUGGCCCCAUCUUGCACUUGACUAUUUUGCCAGGAGCUGAUUGAAUUGGGACGGAAUCAUUUGUCGUCUCUAGGUGAAGAUUUCAAGUGAUUUCGGUCACUAUUGCAGCUACAAAAAUAAAGAACAGUUAAACUUCUUGGAACUUCUCAUGUAUCUAUUGUUAAAGGCUCAAAAAAUUUAUCACUUAGGAUUUUUUUUUAAAUAUGUUUGUACUUAGAAUAAUUCUGGGAGUUACGCUUGUUCAAUGUUUAUCUUUGAAUCUUUGAUCUUCUAUUGAGAUUUGAGAAAGGAAGUAUUGUUUUUUC